AUGUUUAUUUUUUUGUUUCUACUUGGUUUUUCGCCUUGUUUAUCUAUAACAAAAAAUGUACAAAUUGUUCCUGUUAAACUUUUUAUACCUAAACCAAUUCGUAUAACUGUCAAUGAUCUUCCUCCACCUUAUCAUACAGAAUCAGCUCAAAAAGCCCCAAGUAUUGUACCUAUUCCAAACGAUGCAAAAUUAUUUGUUCCGGAUUUAAAUUUUCGUGUAUCAAUUUAUCGUGAUAAUUUAAAAGAACCAAGACAAAUGAUUUAUACUCCAAAAGGUGAUAUACUUGUUACAGAAAUGCAUGGUAAUCGAAUAUCAAUUUUAACUGAUGAUGAUACUACAGCAGUCUUUGCUGAUGACUCAAAUGGAAUAUCCAAUGCAUUUGGUAUGGCUUUUAUAAAAGGAUGGUUUUAUGUUGCUAAUUCUGGUGAUCUUCGUCGAUAUGCAUAUAAAAUGAGUGAUAAAAGACUUCAAGGUACUGGAGAAAUUAUUAUGGCAUAUGAAAAUUCACAUCAUUGGACUCGAAGUUUAAUAAUAUCACCAAAUAAUGAUCAAUUAUAUGUAACAAUUGGUUCUGGUAGUAAUGUAGAUAUUGAAUAUCCACCUCGAGCAUCCGUACAAGUUGCUAAAUUAAAUGGUUCAAAUAAUGAAACAUUUGCAUGGGGUUUACGUAAUCCAGUUGGAAUUGAUUUUCAUCCUAAAACAGGUGAUCUAUAUGUAACUGUACAAGAACGUGAUCAUAUUGGUGACGAUCUUGUUCCAGAUUAUUUUACUCGAAUAAAAAAAGAUGAAUUUUAUGGUUGGCCAUUUGCUUAUCUUUCAUCAAAAAAUAUUGAUCCACGUCGUCGUAUUUUAAAUGGUUCAAGUGAACGACCAGAUUUAGUUGAACGCACACGUACACCAGAUGUUCUUUUUCAAUCUCAUUCAUCUGUACUUGGUAUGCAAUUUUAUCGUGGAAAACAAUUUCCAAAUUAUUAUCGAAAUGGAGCAUUUGCAGCUUUUCAUGGUUCAUGGAAUCGUGAUAUAGGUGUUGGCUUUAAUUUAGUUUUUAUUCCAUUUGGAAAUGAUAAUCGUCCAAAAGGAUAUUAUGAAGAAUUUCUUCGAGGUUUUAUGAUUGAUUCUAAAGGUCCAAAAACAUUUGGUAGACCUGUUGGAAUACUUGAAAUGAAAGAUGGAAGUUUAUUAUUUAGUGAAGAUGGUAAUGGACGUCUAUAUCGAAUUGAAUAUAUAACAAAAGAAUCGAAAGUUAUGCCCAUUGUUUCAAAUGCAAAGACAAUUAUAGUUGAUAAGAUUUUCUUAUUGUUUUUUAUUUUAUGUAACGUUUUCUUUUUAUAA